AUGGUUGCAAAUCGGAUCCCUUGCAAUCAGGAAGUCGAUGCAGCUAUUUUAGGGAAAAGUUUACCAUUCAAUUGUGGUCGAGUUUGCAGAAAUCGGAUAGUAAAGGCAUCCCUCUCAGAACGUCACGCCUCAUUUGAUCCAACAAAUUUUGAAAAUCACGGUUUACCAAAAGAAAGUCUGCUGAAUAUCUAUGAGAAAUGGGGAAAUGGAGGUUUUGGGAUGGUUUUCACUGGGAAUAUCAUGAUUGAUAUGAAACAUCUCGAAGCACCGGGCAAUGUGAUUGUAUCAAAGGAAAACGAUUCUCCAGUAUUGAGGAGUUUGCUGAAGAGAUUAGCGUCGGCAUUAAAAAUGGAUGGAGGAUUGGCAAUUGCUCAGUUAAACCAUUGCGGAAGGCAAACCCCCGAAUUCUUGAAUCCACAUCCAAAAUCGGCGUCUGAUGUCAAAUUGGAGAUAGAUUUUCAUGGAAUGGGCUUUGGGAAACCCGUUCCGUUAACAGCUGCGGAAAUCAAGGAUGAAGUGAUCACUCGUUUCGUCGAGAGCGCCAAAAUUUGUGUAGAAGCAGGUUUCGAUGGGAUUCAAGUUCAUGCCGCACAUGGCUACUUGCUGGCGCAGUUCAUGUCUCCACAGACAAAUCAGAGGACGGAUGAGUAUGGAGGAUCAGCUGAGAAUCGAGUUCGCAUCGUUGUUGAAGUGUAUGAGGCGCUUAGAAAAGAUCUGCCAAAAGAUUUCAUUAUUGGCGUCAAGGUGAACUCGGUGGAAUUUCAAGAGGGUGGAUUAGAGACAAGUGAUGCGAGAGUGAUGUGUGCGAAGCUGGAGGAGAUCGGCUACGAUUUCGUCGAGCUUUCCGGUGGCACAUACGAGAAUCUUCAAAUGCAUCAUGUGAAAGAGUCGACAAGGAAACGAGAAGCUUUCUUUUUGGAGUUCACUGAUAAAAUUCGACCGGUUUUCAGAAACACAAAAAUGUUUGUCACUGGUGGCUUUCGAACGGUCGAGGGGAUGGUCAAAGCGGUAGAGAGUGGAGCUUGUGAUGGAAUUGGGAUGGGAAGACCGAUUGCUUCCGAACCGGAUCUUCCAAAGAAAAUUCUUGCGGGAUUAGCAAAAAGUGCUCCCGACACGAAAGUCAACCAUGACAUUUUUGCCUCGGGAGCCGCUGCAGCAGCUCAAAUGUGGCAAGCAAGUGAAAGGGAUUUCACUCAAGGAAAUGGAGAUCCUUGUGAUGGAAUUGCUGAUCUUUCUGAUGAAAAUAUUGCAAAGGAAUUCAAAGAAGCUUUAGAGGAAUUCCAAAAUUUGAUCGAACGAAACCGAGCCGCAGGUCUUCCUGUGCCAAAUAAUGGAAUUUUGGCCUGGUAUCCGAAAGGAUCAAAGUAUCGAAAAAGCGAA